AUGAAUGAAGCGGAAGCCCUGGCCAGUCAGUUACCACUCACACAAAUCGGUGCAAUUCCUUUAGAGGACAUCAUUGGAGAAAUACCUGAGAGUAGAUGUUUGCAAAUGUAUACAAAUUUUAAGAGCGGAGAGCAAUGUGUGACAGAAAAUUGCAAAUUCAAAGGCAAUGAACACAAUCACUGCAAAGGGUGUGAAUUCUGUGCCUCGAAUUUGGACCAACUGCUAGAGCACGCAAAGACUCAUAUAACCCAAGACGAGGCGACACCUCUUAUAUUCGAGGAAUCAGACGACGGAACCGUUUGCACCAAAGAGUGUGAAUACUACCAAAAGGAGCGCCAUUAUCACUGCCGAAUGUACGGGUGUUCGUGUGCUGUUCCCAUUAGUGACACUUCAUUCAAGAAGUUAGACCACUAUCUAAUGCAUGAACAACAGCAGUUGAAGCGGAAGCCCUGGCCAAGCGGAGAGCAAUGUGUGACAGAAAAUUGCAAAUUGAAAGGCAAUGAACACAAUCACUGCAAAGGGUGUGAAUUCUGUGCCUCGAAUUUGGACCAACUGCUAGAGCACGCAAAGACUCAUAUAACCCAAGACGAGGCGACACCUCUUAUAUUCGAGGAGUCAGACGACGGAACCGUUUGCACCAAAGAGUGUGAAUACUACCAAAAGGAGCGCCAUUAUCACUGCCGAAUGUACGGGUGUUCGUGUGCUGUUCCCAUUAGUGACACUUCAUUCAAGAAGUUAGACCACUAUCUAAUGCAUGAACAACAGCAUAACCCAAAGAUACCGUGCAAUGAGUUCUCAGACAUUGAUUACCAGUUAUGGGCUGAAGAUGCAAACGAUUGCGACGAUUAUUGCCUCAAAAAUCGCAUCAAUAUUAAGGCACUAAUAUAUUCAGUGACUCUGUGUCUGAGUAUCACUCAAAUCCUAAGCGUAUGUCCACAACAAUCACUACUGAAUCCAUGCAAAUGCGAAAACGAUCGCAUCUUAUGUGAUGGCAAUGAAGACUUGGAUUUAGUGGAACUGUUCGCUCGACUCAACCAUAGCCUCGACAACGACUCCAAACACUUCCAGACAUUUAAUCUGCGAAACAAAGCCAUUACUGAACUCAAAGACAACACGUUUCAAGGCAUCACUUUCGACAACAUUUACAUACAAUACGCUAAUAGCUUGCAAUUCAUACACCGAAACGCUUUCGACGCAAACUACUUGCUAACUAAGACCCUGCUCAUCAGCAAUAACCCUGUGCUGAGUAGCCCGGAGCCAAUGGUUAUAUUUGAUAUAUUGAGUCAAUUUGUGAACAUUGAGUCCAUAAACUUUUCCCAUAAUAACGUAACGGACAUACCGUCGGACGCUUUCCGACCAAUCAAUGGCUACCAAAAUAAGUUGACAUCACUUUCAUUGAGCGGUGAUUUCAAGCAUUUGGGGGACAAUGCCUUUGCGAGCCUUAAUUCACUUCAAUCCCUGUCCGUCGAUCAGUCAUCCAUAGACUACAUCCCGGAAAAAGCGUUUGCAUUCAACCAACCGUCCAAACAGAGACUGGAUUUGCAUUUAUUCAACAGUCCGUACAUUAAUAGCUCGAGUUUUGCGGUCAAUUCACUGACAAACAUUAAACGGGAGACAUAUCUGGACCUACAGGUGUUCAAGUGGCCCAACCCUAUCACUUAUUUGGACGAGAAAGUGUUCGGGGCAUUUUUGGACGCACAUUAUGCCAAUCAGGUGAACAUUGGGGGCCAGUAUGUCAACUGCACGGACUGUCGCACGGCAUGGGUUCGCAACAUAUAUAAGAAUUAUGACCGCAUUCUGGGAUUCAUGUGCACUGGG